UUUUAUACUUUCAAAUUAAUAGAUUUUAAAAUCAAGCGAUAAAAAUUUGGAAUGAUUACUGCACAGAAUAUUUAAUUUCGUAACCGUUUAUCAUUUUUUGAAAUUAUCAUUGGGAAAAUGCAUCGUCUGCACCCGCAAAAUAGGCAUGUUAGACUUAGAGCAGUGGAGUUCCAGGCCUAAAAUCUUUAAUUUAAAGCCAUUGGUUUAGCGCAAGGGAUUUGGUUAUUCACACAACCAUAAGCAUCGCUGUAGCCCCGCGUUCUUAAAAGCAUGACAGAAAUCAAUAUACCACUACUAGAAGAUGGGUCGAUAAAUAUUGCAGGACUGGAGGGUUCUGUAUUGGCAAAUAUUGACAGAUUUCAAGUUUCCCAGAAGUCACUCGAUUCUAAGCUUGUCCGUGAAUGGAACCUACAACACCCUAGGAUAACGGAAUGUUUUGUGGUCUUGAGGAUUCUGGAAGCUGGAUCUAGGACAUGAGGUGGCUACUGAUCCUACAGAUAGCACUAGUCCACACAAGAGGGGAAUACCCAUGGGAUGAGUAUGAGCAAAGUACUCAUGGAUCUCUGGAAGGUGAUGUACUUAACUGGGCAGUGUUGAUACAGAAUUACAUUUUACAGUUAGCCAGUGAUGGAAUAAAAAAGGACUUUUCCCAGGCGUAUCUAGACAAGGCAAACUACACAUUUGAAAGAAAAGAUGGCGGAGACAAUGUAGAAAAAGUGAAACAGGAGCUUGGAGAAUACUUUAACAAGAAGAAGAGGGCAGCGGAGAUAUUAGCACAGAAAGUAAAGGAGAUAUAUGAGGAAUUCAAUAAACACAAGAACUUUAGGACAGGAAAGUUGCCAGACCUCCAAGAGAAACAGUAUAGAGAUUCUGAUAUUCCCGAGCAGCUGGCAGGCAGCCUCAAGUUUGCUCCCUACUACAAACAGAAUGUGAGUCAGGAGUUUUCCACUAUAAAAAUUGCUGAUGAAGUCCCUAGAAUGGAAGAAAUGACAGUGGACACUGUGAAUUUCACAGCCAAGCUAGAUGAAGUGUUUAAAGAAAAUGCGAAAAAUGAUGAAUUUCUCAGAUGGCAGUACUUUGGAUCCACGGCAGGCAUCGUGCGGAUUUAUCCAGGCCGUGAGUGGUCCACAAACUUUGCAGGAUUUUACAACGAUUACGAUCCCAGGGUGCGUCCCUGGUAUAUUGCAGCCACCAGUGGUCCAAAGGAUGUUGUUAUUGUACUAGACUGCAGUUAUUCAAUGAAAGGUGAGAAGUUCAGCAUUGCUAAAGGAGUAGCCAAGACUGUCAUUAAUACACUAACAAAACAGGACUAUGUCAAUGUAGUGUGUGCCAGAGCUAGCCACUGGGAUGAAGUUGGAAAACUUCACUACUAUGGUACAACUGCCUUAAGCUGUCAGCAAGAUACUAUGGUACCAGCCACAAUAGCUCACAGAAAGGACCUGAAGGAAAAGAUCCAGAAACUCAAAGCAGGUGGCACAAGUGAGUUAGAGAAAGGUCUGGAAAUUGCUUAUAGCUUACUGAGAAGUAAUCCUCGCACUGGUUGCCAAUCUGUCAUUGUAUUUGUUACUGAUGGACAAGACACAGAUGGAGAAAAUAUCAGAUGUGGUCCAGGGUAUUAUACAAGAAGUGGCUAUGUGCCUGGACCUGUUUGUAAGUAUAACUGGACCAAGGUGUGGAGUGUAGCUGAUGAAAAGAGCAAGUACAGUAUACCCCAGACCAGGAUAUUUAGUUACUUGAUAAAAGAGGACGCUGAAGAGUUUCCAGGAAGGUUAGCCUGUAGCCAUAGAGGGAGUCUAGUGAAACUUAACAAUGGUGAGAAUCUCAUCUUCCAGAUGAGGAACUACUUUGACUUCCUGGCAUCCAGUGCCCUGAACACCAAGGCCAUGUGGACAUCACCAUACCUUGAUGCCUGGGGGUUGGGAAUCAUGGUCACUUACACAAUACCUGUCAUCAGUAAUGGCACCACAAUUGGAGUUGUUGGUGUUGAUGCUACAUUGGAUCAAAUAGAGAAUUUUCUUACUAAACAUCAAUGGGGAAAUGUGUAUUCAUUUCUAAUCAACAAAGAAGGGGAGACAAUUUAUCACCCAAAAUUAAAACCAAGCACAAAUCUGCUAGAAGAUCCAAUAUUUAUUCCAAUAACACAACUUGAAACAGAUGAAGAAUUUCCUAUGAUAUUGAAAGAUAUGAGGGAAGGAAACACAAACAUGAAAGUGAUUGAGCAAAAGGACAAAUCCACAAAGACAAUUUUCUAUGCAGCUAUUAACAAUUCAGAGUAUUCCUUUGCCUAUAUACUGACAGACACAGAUAAGGAAUUCCGUCGCUCUCAGGAACCUAUAGAUAGGUCAAGUUACACCACAAGCUACUACAACCUUCUUAAAGAGUACUUGAACCCUGUGGUGAAGGCAGAAUUUCCUCAUGCAUGGGAAGAGCUAGAGAUCCGUGAGAAUGAGACAGAGAGAUACCCAGGCUUGACCAUCAGUUACAAACACUCUACCAUCUUUCUGGCCCCCAUGUCUCACUGUGAUCCUAUUCAGUACUUGUAUGAUGAUAACCUGGCAAAGAAAACCAUCAAUGCACACCACUGGAUGAACUCUUAUGAAACUGACCUUGGUUGCAUUGGUGAUCAAAUUUAUGACAAAGGAGUCAGAGCUGAUGUACUGAUUACACAGCCAAUAGAAGAAAUAUGGAAAUCUAGAGAAUUUGAAUCACUAUCACAAGUCAAAUGGACAAACAUAGGACUUCGUAGUGGAGUGUUUAGAACCUAUCCUGGGCACAGAUCUAAGAGAGGAUAUGAUCCAACAAAACGACCUUGGUACAAGAGAACAAGCAGUACACCUUGGAGGACUUCAAUCUCAACACCUUACAUGGAUGCGGCAGGAGUGGGCAAAAUAGUUACCAUCUCCCAGGCUGUGUUUGAGGGAAUGACACCUCGUUCAGAUGAAGACUGCUUCAACAUCUCUAAGCCUCUGCCGGGAGGUUGUGUGUGUGAAGUAGAUACUGACUGUAUCAGUCGUGUAUGUUAUGUGAGUGAGGCGCCAGGACCUAAUUCUGACCAGCGCCGCUGUGCUACAGAGCGUGUGGAGGGAGUGACGGGACUAGACAUCUUGUAUGAUGAUUUCCAAAACAGAACUAUGGAGGCCAUGCAGGCCAGCAAUGGAUUGAAAUCAUGCAAUCAACACUACACUUGUCCCAAUAAAGAAAACAAGUGUCAAACAAGGUGCUACUUGUUUGACAGCAAAGCUUUUCUUGUAAUGGACCCCGACUUUUUAAUUGCCAGUGCUUUAGAUGAGAGUAAGUACGAACAGGUCCAACUUGGAACCAAAGAGGGAGAGGUUAUGAAAGACCUUAUCUAUAAGCAUGGCUUUUUUGAUCGAGGAGAGAGCAUUGAUUUUCAGGGAUCUUGUCACAUCACGCCAGAAGAACCAAAGUUAUCUCUUGAUGGGAUUCCAAAAAAUCCUGGUGAACAAGAUGAUUACAUUAGAAACAAAGGUCCCAUUCCACAGUUCAACAGUGAAUAUGGCUGUAUUCAAGAUGUCAUCCAAUUCAAAACUAAUGAUAAAGCACUAGGUCCUAGUGGAAUGAUAACAGGGAACGUAUCUGGACCUUGUAUGUCUGGAUUCUAUUAUGUAACAUCACUGCCAAGAACAAAUCUCUACCUUCUCAUCAUAGAGAACUGGAACUCGUAUCCAUCUUCACAUUUUUAUAAUUUCAAUUGCCAAAUCACACAAAGCAUUGUGAACUCAGGAGCAUACCGUAUCAUUAAUGGUACAUGUAAUCAGGCGUCUAAAUCCAGCAGCACUUUGGCUGAGGAGGGAAAGUGUCCAUCGCUGUCUGACAAAGACCUACUGUGUUUAUACACCACAGCUACACCCCUGACCUCCACACCCGUGUUGCUGUUGUUAACUCUAUUUUGUAUAUACCUUAUCUAUAACUGAAUGAGUAAAUUCACUAAAUCUUGUACAUCGAAUUUUACAUCGAGUCAAGCAGUUGUAAUAUGAUAUUCACCUUUUUAAGAACAUAUAUAGUUAGAAAUGUGUUUUGUAUUGUACCUCACUCAGUAUUAUUUUGAAGUUAAAUGUCCUUUUACAAGUU